CAUUUUGUAUCGUCCCUUGAAAAACUUUAAAUGAUCUUCUCCUCCGAUCAUUAAUCUCUUUAAUCUUUCUCAGUCUUCUUGUUCUUGAUCUCUCUUCCUCCGGAAACGGUGAAAAGAUGUCGGCCGGUAACGGAAAUGCUACUAACGGUGACGGAGGAUUUAGUUUCCCGAAAGGACCGGUGAUGCCGAAGAUAACGACCGGAGCAGCAAAGAGAGGUAACGGAAUCUGCCACGACGAUAGUGGUCCGACGGUGAAUGCCACAACCAUCGAUGAGCUUCAUUCGUUACAGAAGAAACGUUCUGCUCCUACCACUCCGAUCAACCAAGGCGCCGCCGCUGCUUUCGCCGCCGUCUCCGAGGAGGAGCGUCAGAAGAUUCAGCUUCAAUCUAUCAGUGCAUCGUUAGCUUCGUUAACGAGAGACUCAGGACCAAAGGUGGUGAGAGGAGAUCCGGCGGAGAAGAAGACCGAUGGUUCAACUACUCCGGCGUACGCUCACGGCCAACAUCAUUCUAUCUUUUCUCCGGCGACUGGUGCCGUCAGUGAUAGCUCCUUGAAGUUUACACACGUCCUCUACAAUCUUUCCCCUGCAGAGCUUUACGAGCAAGCUAUUAAGUAUGAGAAAGGUUCGUUUAUCACUUCUAAUGGAGCUUUGGCGACGCUUUCUGGUGCUAAGACUGGUCGUGCUCCGAGAGAUAAGCGUGUUGUUAGAGAUGCGACUACUGAGGAUGAGCUUUGGUGGGGAAAGGGCUCGCCGAAUAUCGAAAUGGAUGAACAUACUUUCAUGGUGAACAGAGAAAGAGCUGUUGAUUACUUGAAUUCCUUGGAAAAGGUCUUUGUCAAUGAUCAAUACUUAAACUGGGAUCCAGAGAACAGAAUCAAAGUCAGGAUUGUCUCAGCUAGAGCCUACCAUUCACUGUUUAUGCACAACAUGUGUAUCCGACCAACUCAGGAGGAGCUUGAGAGCUUUGGUACUCCGGAUUUCACUAUAUACAAUGCUGGACAGUUUCCGUGUAACCGUUACACUCAUUACAUGACUUCGUCCACUAGCGUGGACCUUAAUCUGGCUAGGAGGGAAAUGGUUAUACUUGGUACUCAGUAUGCCGGGGAAAUGAAGAAGGGUCUUUUCAGUGUGAUGCAUUACCUUAUGCCUAAGCGUCGGAUUCUCUCCCUUCAUUCUGGAUGCAAUAUGGGAAAAGAUGGAGAUGUUGCUCUCUUCUUUGGACUUUCAGGUACCGGGAAGACAACGCUGUCUACUGAUCACAACAGGUAUCUUAUUGGAGAUGAUGAGCAUUGUUGGACUGAGACUGGUGUUUCGAACAUUGAGGGUGGAUGCUAUGCUAAGUGCGUUGAUCUUUCGAGGGAGAAGGAGCCUGAUAUCUGGAACGCCAUCAAGUUUGGAACAGUUUUGGAAAAUGUUGUGUUUGAUGAGCACACCAGAGAAGUGGAUUACUCUGAUAAAUCCGUUACUGAGAACACACGUGCUGCGUACCCGAUUGAGUUCAUUCCAAAUGCGAAAAUACCUUGUGUUGGUCCACACCCGACAAAUGUGAUACUUCUGGCUUGUGAUGCCUUUGGUGUUCUCCCACCUGUGAGCAAACUGAAUCUGGCACAAACAAUGUACCACUUCAUCAGUGGUUACACUGCUCUGGUCGCUGGCACAGAGGAUGGUAUCAAGGAGCCAACAGCAACAUUCUCAGCUUGCUUUGGUGCAGCUUUCAUAAUGUUGCAUCCCACAAAGUAUGCAGCUAUGUUAGCUGAGAAGAUGAAGACACAAGGUGCUACUGGUUGGCUCGUGAACACUGGUUGGUCUGGUGGCAGUUAUGGUGUUGGAAACAGAAUCAAGCUGGCAUACACUAGAAAGAUCAUCGAUGCGAUCCAUUCAGGCAGCCUGUUGAAGGCUAACUACAAGAAAACCGAAAUCUUUGGAUUUGAAAUUCCAACUGAGAUUGAAGGGAUACCUUCAGAGAUCUUGGACCCCAUCAACUCCUGGUCUGAUAAGAAGGCACACAAGGAAACUCUGGUGAAACUGGGAGGUUUGUUCAAGAAGAACUUUGAGGUUUUUGCUAACCAUAAGAUUGGUGUGGAUGGUAAGCUUACGGAGGAGAUUCUCGCUGCUGAGUUUCUUGAAUUCCGUCAACGAAUUAAAGAAUCGAUUAGGAAGAAGAUGCAAAACGGAAACACUAUUAUAGCUCCAACAUCACAGACACAGACACUUGAGAGCAAAAGUAAUCUUCCCUAUAACGACUUUGGUUCCUUUUUUGGUCCUUCUCAGACUGUUAUUGCUUCAAGAGUCUUACAAGAAAGCAAAUCGCUUUUAGAAAACGAAACAUUGACAGCUAAAAUGUUAAACUCGGUUCAAAAUAAGAAAAGUCCUGUUCAAAUGAAUGCUUCAGGGACUAAGAAUGCGAAUGAGGUGAAAAGAAAAGCUGAGAAACUUAAGGAUGCAAGAGACUACUCUUUCCUUUUCUCUGAUGAUGCUCAGCUUCCUGUUUCCAUCAAGGAACCACCUAAGUCUAGACCAAGUCCCAGAGAAAGCCAAAUGAAUCAUUCAAAACAGGCUUCUUCAGGCAGCCAAAUGCUGCCAAGACCAGGUUCAUUAACUAAUGCUCAAGCGCAUACGAGCGGGGAUUCUGCAAGAAAGUACUCUCGAAAGCAGAAAUCGAUUAACAAGAAUGGCCAACCGAGUUCCAAAUUAGGUCCUCAGAGACCACUGUCCUCAUCAAAGCCUUUGGCAUAUGAUCCUAAACAACAAAGGGUAAAACAGAGGAAUGUUUCCUUGGAACUCACAAGGUCGCAACUGCCUUCUGCGAAACACCAGUUGACUAGAAAACUACCAUUGAAGCAAGCUCAUCAACUGAAGAAGAAGAAAAAGCCUGUGAAAAUGUCAGAAGAUGAUUUGGUGGCCUUGCAAAUGGUUAGACAGAUGUGCAAGACUGAUCGUUUUGCGGGGCGUGAUUUCGAAGAAGACUAUGAUGAUAGGUGCAUGGAAGCUAACUUUGAUGAUAUCAUGAGGGAAGAGAAACGAAGUGAGAAACUUGCGAAGAAAGAAGACGCGGAACAACUGCGGUUGAUAGAGGAAGAAGAAAGAGUGAGAAAGCAGAUCAAGAAGCAGAAGCUAAGCCAUUAAGAAGAAUUGUGGUUUAGGGUUAGAGAGUCUACGCGUUUCUGAUUUCAAAGUUACUUUCUUCUUUGAUAUAUUUCUGAUGAUGUUAAUAAUCAUCAAGUGAUCAG